AUGGAACAGUUGCCCAAAUCAUUCAAGGAUGCCAUCACCAUCGCGAGAAAGCUGCGAAUCCCCUACCUGUGGAUCGACAGCCUAUGCAUAGUUCAGGACUCGGAACAGGACUGGCACCACGAAUCCGCCCUGAUGAGCUCGAUCUACCGAAACAGCACGCUCACGGUCUCGGCUACCGGUGCUGUGGAUGGCUCGCGCGGCUGUUUCAUUCCCGAAGUGCAUUCCGAGAUUGUUCAGCUGCCACAAACAUUCUCUGAUACCGGUGGCAGGGCAUAUGUCACAGGCCAAUGGGUAUGGGAGUGUUGCGAGAAGAUAGAGGCACAGUAUGGCUUCACCGAAGAGAGAAGCAAUGCGUGGCAUCCUGCAUUCUUCGGGGAAAUUGGAGCGAUGAAGAGAGCUUACAAUGGUGUUUACGAAUUCGAAGAUUACACCAAGGAGGAAAAUGACACUAACGAAAGCGAAGACACCGGAACAAGAGUGGAGGACCAUGAACAGCACGCAGCUCAAAGACAGCCGGCCGAUCAACUAGGACGUCGAUACAAUGAAAGCAAGAAGGAUGAUUACAGUACCAUUGAAGAAAUAGAAGAAAGCGCUCUCGCAAAAAUGGAAGAUGUCCAUAUCGAAACGUCUGCAGAAGAUGAGGAAGAAGAGCAGAAGCCAGUGACACGCAGCUUUGUCGUCUCUCUCCAGGAACCCCCAUAUGGGCGCUCAACAUACAUAUUCGACCUCAGAAAAGACGAUUCAAAGCCCUUCCAAAAGCCAGUUUUGCUCGACCGCCCGACAGACAACGACCUCUACACAGGCCGAUAUUUGACCAAGAGUAGCGACAAGCUACCUGCCAUAGCUGGCCUCGCGGCCGUGAUCCAUGAAAUCGCCCAGGACUCCUACUUCGCUGGGCACUGGCGCGUUGAGUUCGAGCGCAGUCUUUUCUGGCGCACCGACCAGGAGGUCGUGAGUCCAGAGCCGGCUAGGUGCCGCGACUACAGAGCUCCGUCGUGGGCGUGGCCGAGCGUAGAUGGCAUGGUCACUUGGUCGUGGCCGGAUCUCAGCCCGGGCGUGGGCGAAGAGGCACCGCUUGAGGUUGUGGACGUGAAGGUUGAGUUGAUUGCACGAGAUGACAAUCCUUUUGGGCCAGUUGGGGGUGGGAAAUUGACCAUUAAAGGCAGGACAACCUGGGUUAGGUGGGAUGAAGAUGCGAAUGCAUAUGUCACUAGAGGCUUCCAAGAUGAUUUAGUCGAAGCUGUUGGCUCUGAGAGCACUCAGGGGCUGAAAAUCCGCAACAGGAGAGGCAAGAAUGUUGGGUCUUGGGAAUGCGACGACACGUUGAACACCGUGCUCCCGGCCACCAAGAUCACGCCUGGCAUUACCCUGGAGGAGCUCAGAGAUAGAAGGAUCCCCUUUUACGGCUACGCGCGAUGGGCCAGAAAGGCAGUUGAUAAUCUCGACCUGGAAAAGCGAUUCAAGGCGUUGCCUUCCGAGCUCCUCUGUCUCCGGGGCCCGACUACAUACAUAAAAGAGAGGGGCGAGGCUGGUGAGUCUGGUGAAGAUGAACAUGAGGCCAAGAUCACGGCCAAGUGCAGAAUCGAGACGCUUCUUCUGGCAAGGACAGAAGACCCUUCAGGCAAGGGGUUUCGCAGAGUUGGAGCAGCAACCUUUUCUUCUUGGGAUGAGAGUGAAGAAAUGGUCGAGACGAUCACCAUUAUUUAG